CUUCAUCCCUCCAUCUCUCCAUACGACCAUCGCAGACCUCUCUCAGAUAUCGCCUUUGCAAGAUUCCUUCGCUUUACCCUGUGAAGGAGACCUGGCGCGCAUUCGAACGACGAUCUCGACGACGGCUUUCGUGUUCAGAAAGAUCCCCUCUCUCCCUUGACUCACGACACCUUCACUGGUUGAAACGGUCCAAGUCAGGUCAUCGAUCAUCGCUGCGCUGGGCUGCUUACAAUCUCUGCGAUCAUUUGUUAUCGUCUUUUUAUCCUCGGAAACGAGGUACAGCAGAUAGUCGACGCAUGCGCUUGGCCCCUCUGUUUGGGUUGUCUCAUUGAUUUGUAGACACGCCCCUCACACAGAAAGCUCGUCACGGGACAACAUGGCGGCUGCUGUAGCAGGCGUCGAAACGCAUUCGCCUGAUGCGCCAGCAUGGCACGAAAAUCUCAACAUGCAUCUUAUUUGCCCUGACUGCAGACAGGUUCCGCCUCAGCUGGUUGAAGAGAAUGCUGAUACCAUCUGCGCAAACUGCGGAAUGGUGCUGGCGGAGCGUUUGGUCAGCUACGAGUCGGAGUGGCGUACCUUCAACUCGGAUGAAGGUAAAGGCGAGGAUCCCAAUCGUGUCGGUGAAGCAGACAACGAGCUCUACCUCACCAAUAAUGCGGGCACGAUGAUCGGUGGAGGCGGACCGAACGUGUCGAAAGAGACUCGGAGACUCAAAAAGGCACAGGCUAUGCAGCUCGAGAACAAGGCGGAAAGAGCACUACAGGGGGCAUAUGCCCAAAUCGAGGCUUGGGGGGAGAAGGCCAAACUCACUGCUCCUGUCAAGGCUGCCGCCAAAUCCUACUACAAACGGGUUUUCGAGGCAAACGCUCUUCGAGGUAAGCAGCUGGAUUCGAUCCUCGCUGGCUGCGUCUUUAUCGCUUGCCGCCAAUUGAAGGUACCGCGCACUUUUAAUGAGAUUUUCGGCAUGACUUCAGUUCCCAAGAAGGAGAUUGGCCGUGUGUACAAGCAGCUUCAGAAUUUCCUGAGCAAAGUCGCGCAAGACAAGAUUACAGAAGUUGAAUCCACUGGGGGCAUUCCCAACAGCACAUCGGAGUUUCGCGCCACUCAAUCAACCAAGCCCGAAGAUCUUUGUGGCAGAUAUUGCAACAUGGUUGGACUCAACUACAGGGUUCAAACCAUCGCCGAAGGUCUUGCGAGGAAGAUUCCUACCAUUGAAGGCUUAGCUGGCCGCAGCCCGCUUUCCAAUGCUGCAGCAUGUACCUUCUUCGCUAGUUGGCUGAUAGGGUUCGGGAAACCCAGCAAACAGAUCAGUGAGGUUGCAGGCGUCAGCGAUGCCACAAUCAAACACGCGUACCGCUAUCUGCUGCAGGACAAGGAACGUCUGGUCGAUAAAGAAUGGCUCGGUCAGCAACCUAUGCCCCUCGGCGGGUUCGGAAAAUUGGAAAAUCUGCCUGGCGCUUGAUGCUGAAAUAUCUGACUCCAGGUCUAUGCCGAUCGUCGCUAGAGUCUCCGCCGAAGCUAUGCUAAAUUUGCGAGGAGGCUGCGAGGAGUCCUUGCCAGUCGACGACACACAGAUUGUCACAAAGGAGAAGCGUUCUUGCUGGAUGCGGGGCUGUCUACUUAAAAGUUCUUGCUGCUUUUUCUGGGACUCGGGUUCUUGGGAGGGUCAAUUGAUCUUGAUAUGAUAUCCUGGUUGUUCAACGCAUAGCAUGGAGUUCAACAGGUGACGGGACAGGAUGGGAGAAGACAGCACUAGGCUGUGUAUUCUGAAGCUAGACUUUAUUUGACACAAAGUCUCUAGAAGUCCAAUAAUGAAGACUAUGUAUUUCUA